AUGAAAAGCUGGCUGAAACAGUCGGGAGCGGUGGGCUUGGACGGUCUCGAACUUGCCGAUUUCCCAGCCACCGGGCGUGGCGUUCGAACACGGAAGCUCUUCAAGCAAGGACAAAAUAUCCUCACCAUCCCAUGUCGCACUCUCUGGACGGUCGAGCACGCACAUGCUGAUGCCAUUCUCGGGCCAGCUCUUCGCUCAGCAAGUCCACCCCUAUCAGUCGACGACACACUGGCUAUUUACAUUCUCUUUGUCCGGUCGCACGAUUCUGGAUACGAUGGCCUGCGAAGCCACGUGGCGGCGUUGCCUGCGAGCUACUCUUCAAGCAUCUUCUUCACAGAGGACCAGUUGAAAGUCUGCGCCGGGACGUCAUUGUAUACCGCCACAAGGCAGCUGCAGCAACGCGUCGAGGACGAUUACAGAGACCUGGUCGUUCGAGUACUUGGGCCGUAUCCAGAUCUUUUCCCGCUAGACAGGUUCACCGUCAAAGAUUACAAGUGGGCCCUUUGCACUGUAUGGAGUCGUGCGAUGGAUUUCGUACUGCCCGACGGAAAGUCAGUUCGACUUUUGGCGCCGUUCGCAGACAUGCUGAACCACUCGUCCACGGCUAAGCAGUGUCAUGUCUACGAUGCGACGUCGGGAAACUUGUCCGUCCUUGCGGGGAAAGACUACGAAGCCGGGGAUCAGGUGUUUAUCAAUUAUGGGCCUAGCCCGAAUAAUCGACUGUUACGUCUCUACGGCUUUGUCGUACCGGGCAACCCCUACGACAGCUAUGAUCUCGUUCUUACCACGCACCCCAUAGCUCCCUUUUUUGAGCAGAAGCAGAAGCUUUGGGCAUUGUCUGGACUCGGUUCGACCUCUACCAUCACCCUCACUCUCGCCGACCCGCUACCGAAAGACGUUCUUCGAUACCUCCGUAUUCAGCGAUUGGACGAAACAGACGUCGCCGUCUUGGCGCUUCAGCAAGCCAAUGCUACCGCCACCAAAAUCAGCCAUUCAAACGAAGUGCAAGUCCUGCGGUUCCUGGUGGAGUCGAUAGGCGGUCUUUUGGAGAGUUUCGGAGCUCGGCUGGAGAAGCUAGAAGAGCAGCUCGCGGAGGGCGUUUAUUCUCCGGGAGGAAAUGCUUGGGCGGCGGCGCACGUUAGCGUGGGCGAACAGCGGGUGCUGAGAAUGGCGAGAAGGAGAGCGGAGGAUUUGCUAGCGGCGAUGGAGAGCGGCAGCGGGAACGGCAGGGGUUCGCUUUCGGCACAGGGGCGGUGCGCGAAUUGCCAAGAGGUUUCUGCGCAGUUGAUGUUGUGCGGGAGGUGCAAAUCGGUCAUGUACUGCGGUCGGACAUGCCAAGUUGCUCAGCACAAGGAGCACAAGGUACCAUGUCGAGCAGCAGCUGCCAAGAAUAGCUUUUAG